AUGUCUGAACCAAGGCAGCGCUCUCUGUCCACCUCUGGAGAGUCUCUGUAUCAAGUGCUUGGGCUAGAAAAAGGCUGUACCCAUGAUGACGUCAAGAAGUCCUACAGAAAAUUAGCUCUGAGGUACCACCCGGACAAGAACCCUGACAACCCAGAGACGGCAGAGAAAUUCAAGGAGCUCAACAGCGCCAAUUCCAUUCUGUCAGACGUCACCAAGAGAAACAUUUAUGACAGCUACGGCUCCCUUGGCCUUUAUGUGGCCCAGCAGUUUGGAGAGGAGAAUGUCAACACCUACUUCAUGCUGUCUACCUGGUGGGCUAAGGGUCUCUUUGCCUUGUGUGGCGUGAUAACGGGGUGCUACUGCUGCUGCUGCCUGUGCUGCUGCUGUAACUGCUGCUGUGGGAAGCUGAAGCCCAUGCACCCCGCAGAGGGAACAGACAGCUUUGUCUCCCCUGAAGACCUGGAGGAGGAGAUCCGCCACGACAAGGAGACUGAUGUGGACACUCCGGUUGUGCACCAGCCAACUAAUGCCAGUGAAAAGACACAGUUGAUUGGGGAUGGCCACCGAAGCUACACCUGA